UCCAUUUGGCAGUGGGUGGGUGAACUCUGAGAUUCUGUGGUGGCUAUUAAGAUUACAGGCAUGGAACAUGUGAGAAGCAUGUGUAGGUUUUCGCUUUGUAAAAUUAUUAAAGCUUCUCUGGUGGGUCUACGGUACCUGCUUUGAUGACUCUGGAGGGGCUUCACUUCUGUGAAGUCUGUAAGUAGACGCUGCCUGGGAUCAGAAGUGAUUAUCUAGAAGAAGAAGACUGUGACGGGCUGAAUUCUUGUUUGGCUUGUUUCCCAUGGCGGAGAAUAGAGAACCAUUUCUAAAGAGAUUCUACCAUCAGAGUUGCCCAGGUUGUAAGAUUGAUCAACUUAAUGACACUCGGCGAGGCAUACCUUACAGGGGAUUUUUCUAUGUAUGGAUUGUGGUAUUGUGCACUGCUUUGCCGAUAUCAUCCCUCUUUCCAUACUUAUACUUUAUGAUAAGAGACUUCCAUAUUACAAAGAGGGAGGAAGAUAUUGGUUCUUAUGCAGGUUAUGUUGGAUCUUCAUUUAUGUUUGGAAGAGCACUGACUUCUGUCUUCUGGGGAGUUGUAGCUGAUCGUUAUGGUAGAAAACCAGUAAUAAUGAUAGGAAUUAUUACAGUUGUUAUUUUCAACACUCUCUUUGGCCUGAGUACAAACUUUUGGAUGGCCAUUUCAAUGAGGUUUCUUCUUGGAAGCUUGAAUGGUCUACUUGGCCCAAUAAAGGCAUAUUCUACUGAAGUUUGUCGUGAAGAAUAUCAAGCUCUAGGAGUGUCAUUAGUUAGUACUGCAUGGGGUACAGGAUUGAUUAUUGGCCCAGCACUUGGAGGUUUCUUGGCACAGCCUGCAGAGAAAUUCCCAAAUAUUUUUUCUAGAGAAUCUCUUUUUGGGAGGUUCCCUUAUUUACUACCCUGCCUUCCAGUAUCAAUCUUUGCAUUGUUUGUGGCUAUUUCUUGUUUUUGGCUUCCGGAAACAUUGCACAAGCAUAAAGAACAUAAUAAAGACGGAUGUGAGUCAUAUGAUGCUCUGGAGGCUGCACCUUAUACCUCCGAUGAAAAAGAAAAGCAAGAAACAGAACAAAGAAUCCCACCUUCUAAAGAGAGCCUCUUAAGGAAUUGGCCCUUAAUGUCUUCUAUUAUUGUAUACUGUGUGUUCUCACUUCAUGAUAUGGCCUACACGGAGAUCUUUUCAUUGUGGGCUGUCAGUCCUAGAAAGUUUGGGGGAUUGAACUAUUCAUCUGAUAAUGUUGGUGAAGUUCUUUCUAUAACAGGUGCUAGUCUGUUAUUCUUUCAACUUACCCUGUAUCCUUGUGUUGAGAAGAUUCUUGGUCCUGUCAAGGUUUCUCGCAUUGCAGCGGUUUUAUCCAUACCAUUGCUGUCAAGUUACCCUUUUAUAGCAAGGCUCUCUGGAUUUAGACUCUCGUUACUGAUAAAUUGUGCAUCUGUGUUGAAGAAUGUUCUCUCUGUUUCCAUUAUCACCGGAUUAUUCAUCUUACAAAACAAUGCUGUGGCUCAAAAUCAAAGAGGUGCUGCAAAUGGAAUUUCCAUGACUGCAAUGUCUCUUUUUAAAGCAUUUGGUCCAGCUGGAGGUGGUGCUUUAUUUUCUUGGGCACAAAAGCGUCAAAAUGUUUCUUUCCUCCCAGGUGAUCAGAUGGUUUUUUUCAUCCUAAACAUUGUCGAGCUGAUUGGAGUGUUAUUGACCUUUGAACCAUUUCUAGUGCAACCUGCACACAGAACACAGAAUAUAAUAAAGCCUAUGACAGCCCAGUUAAAAGCUACUCAAGAUUGAUUUCCCAUACUUAAUAUUUUUUUUCGCUAUUUUAGGACAAUGUAGAAUCAUCAUUAUGCUAUAAUGGUAGCAGCAUUUUACCAUGCCUAUGAUAUAUGUCAGAACAAUCUUUCCAGGUUCUAAUAUAUGUUUGUAUAUGUAGAUAUGUAAUCA